AUGGGGGGCCGGUCUAGCGGCAAUCUCCAGGUCUCUGACUCUGGUGCUCGCUUCGAGGGGAGCAUCAACAUCGACGGGGGCGGCUUUGCAUCUUUCCGGCGAGACUUCGGCUGGUUCGGCGAAAGAAACUUGCGAGACUAUGCAGGGCUCUGGGUGGAGGUGGAUGCGCUGGCGGAGAGCACCCUGGCACCUGUGGCCCUCCACGUGGAGCUGGACGAUGCCUCCGAGCGUUCCGGAUUUGGUGCGGCCAUGGCCAUUCCGCCAGGACCUGAAGGAUCCACGUACUCCGUCUUCCUCCCCUUCUCCUGGUUCCGCAAGCAGCUGCUGCGCUCCUGCCGAAACUGCAUCCUGAAUCCGGGACGAGUCACUGGUGUGGGCAUCGUGGUUUUAUACCAAGAAGGCUUUUUCAGCUUCCGUGUGCGGAAGAUCUAUGCCGUCAGCUCGGAGUCGGAAGUUCCUUCUUCGGCGGGGCGAAUGCCCACUCUGACGACGUCGGACUCCGACGUUUGGAAGAUGAUCCGGGCGAGCAUUCUGCGAGGUUCCUAUGCUUGGAACCAGGGCUACCCCGAGCAGUGUGGGGCCCUCUACAAUUCCACCGCCUUCGUGAUCAGCUCCGCCCGUAACAUAUCAGGGACAGUGCAGAACGUUGCUCGUGCUGCCACGUCCUAUGCGGAGCAAUUUCCACUGAAUCUGGGAAACAACGCGGCUUGGAUCUACCGACGGAGCUUCGACACUAUUUCAGCUGCCUACGAAGGUUCCGCACCCCCGCCAGAGUCGCGCUACCCGCAAGUGGCCCAUGGGGAUUGGGUGAGGACCGCGAUGUCGGGAGGUUCAGUACAGCCGUUGCCAGUGAGCGAACUGGCGAACGAGCUGCAGCAGCAGAUGGUUAGUGGAGCUGCUGGGCAGUUUGCUUUGAGAAUUCUUGGACUGCUGUUUGUAGGAUGCAUGCACUUCCUGGUUGGUCUGGCCAAAUGA